CUCUCCUCUCUUUUUGACCAGGAAACUUCGCAACUUCGAGUUGAGCAUGGCGCGCGGUAAAGCUGACCGAGCUCUGACGGUGGGCAAGAAGCUCGAGAUCAUCGAGGAGGCCGACCGCACAGGUCUCAUCUCCGCCACAGCGCAGAAAUACGGCGUCAAGACGGGUCAGAUCCGCGACUGGAAGAAAAACAUUGACCGUCUACGUGCCACAGACCCGUCGCGCCUCGUGUGCGCCAGUACCAUCCAGCGGGGUCACCUGGUUUUCAACGAGACCUACGCGCAAUAUUGGGUGGGCUACAACAAGUUCUGCAGCAGCAAUACCAACUACGAUGAUCUUAAGAGCGCGCUGCGCGUCACCCACAAGGACGUGCUUCGCGAAGGUGUCAAUGGAUUUAGCUACCCAGCGAUGGUGGAUCCGAGUGCUACACACGAGUUGGCGUCUCCCGACAACAAUGGCUUCUACACGACGGAGGAAGUAAAAAAUCUGUACGUGAAGGACAUGACGACGUUGCGGGAGCAGCUGCGCGAGUUCUUCGGCCAGAAGCCCUUCCCCACCAAGUACAUGUACUUUGUCACAAAAUUGGAUUUCGUUAAGCCCAAUCCGAACGAAAACGCUGGGGAAGAGGAAGAUGGGGACAGGGCGGCCGAGAAACAGACGGGAAUCGAGGACGUCAUCUCAUUCUACGUCGCGAUCUGUGGCAACGGGUCCGUGAUGGUCCCAAUGUCGCUUUUCCCGCCUGUGGAGGAGUGGCACUGGGAACGCAAGAAAAACGUCAAGCUGCGUCAUGCGCACAGCUUGCACCGCUCCAAGAUGAACGACCCGAACGAUGCACUGCAGUUUUUUUCGGUGACGUGGAAAAAGUUUUAUGAGGAGGAAGCCAAGUACAGUGACAAGUUCGCAUUUCUGCUUGAUUACUCGAUUGAGGAGUUUAGAGCUCCCGAGUUCUUGGAAGGUCUGAAGCAGCUGGAAGGCUACAACAAGUACUGGACCACCUUGUACACGGUGCGCAACCCACUGCGUCUAUCUCGAUUCGAGGACACGCUCUCAACGUUCGUGAUCGAGGAGUGGCGCACUAUCCUCCAGAUGAAGAAGUCGAGCCAACCUAAUGACUAUCGCAAGUGCGUCGCCUUUUGGUUCUACUCGGCGUGGGAAUUCUUCGCAGGCGACAAUGCACGUGCAGCUUUCCGAAGCUGCAACAUGUAUCUCGAGGACAAGGCUGCAUGGGGUGUGGAGACUCGAGAAAACUCGGUGUGAGUGAAGCUUCUGAACAUUCUUUUCGCCAUUCUCGUGUUGUACUCCACCUCUGCAUUCUUUGAACCAGCACUUAAUUUUGCUGUACUGCGUUGUCGGAGUCAAUGUACUCUGCUUGACUCACACCUACUCUUCUAUAGUUGCUUCAUCAGCAUCGUCGUUCUCGUCCAAGGCCAUGUCUUCCGAGUCGGAUUCUCCCUCUUCGUCCGCUACCUCAACUGCCUUCUCUUUAUCAUCAUUGGCUUCUUUGUCGUCCAACGAGGGGAAAUAUUCCUUUGCGAGCAGUGCAAGACGCUGAGCAGCCCACUGUGCCUCGACGUCUUUGCUUUUCGUUUGGUUGGAAGCAACAAAGUCGAGGUUUUCGUACGACAAUUUGCCAAAUUGCACCGAACUCGAGAGAUCCAGAGUCUUGAGCUCAUCCGAGGCGCUGACGUUUGUGUCG